CGACUGGGUUCCUUGCUGGUGGGUGCCCCGUGUGCAAUGGCUGCGGAUAGCAAGCUCCUCGGUUGUGUACGCAGCCUGUUGCUUGUACGGGCUGCCCUAAGGGACCUUGGAGACACUCCCAGUGGAUGUUGAUGUAGUUGAUCUGCCGUCCCCAAUCCAGGCUCCAGACAGGCAUGCGGGGUGCCUUUGGGAAACCCCAGGGGACAGUGGCAAGGGUUCACAUUGGGCAGGUCAUCAUGUCCAUCCGCACCAAGCUGCAGAACAAGGAACAUGUGAUCGAGGCCCUACGCAGGGCCAAAUUCAAGUUCCCUGGCCACCGGAAGAUCCAUAUCUCCAAGAAGUGGGGUUUCACCAAGUUCAAUGCAGGUGAAUUUGAAGACAUGGUGGCUGAGAAACGCCUCAUCCCUGAUGGCUAUGGGGUGAAAUACAUCCCGAAUCGCGGUCUCCUGGACAAGUGGCGGGCCUUGCACUCCUGAAGGCUCCCACUGUGCCGCUCUCCCCCCCGAACAAGUUCAUCAACA